CAUUUUCAGACGACCACCACAUAUCAUGUCUCAGGUUCAGAUUGUCAGAUCUUUUAUUGAAGAGCUUUCUAAAAAUCCAAAAAAGCAUCCAGAUAGAAUUCCAGCUGAUAAAAUUAAUGGCUCUGCUCUUUCUACAACUAUAGGCUUACCAGAGGCUCCAUUUCCAAAAGAAGAAUUCAAAAAUGAAGAAAAAACCUUGCAUAUUACUGCGAAAACUGUGCGUCCUCCCGUAAUCUCUGUGAGCGCUGAAGUGUCUACAAGUAGCACAAUUUUAGAACUAAAGGAAUCUCUUGCUCCCCAGUUGAAUGUCGCCGUACCUUCGCUUCGAUUAUUAUACAAAGGAAAGCCCUUGGUGAAUUCGAAGUUUUUAACUGAUUAUUUUGACCCCGAAACGACAGAAGUGUCCUUACAGAUGUUUUUACUUCAAAUGUCAUAGUUGAACCGAUCGUAGCCCUUCAAAAAGAGAUAUGUUCGCUGAAUUAGAAUAUGAUAUAUAUGAAGACGAAAGAUGUUCAGCUUUGAAGUUCUUUAAUCAAUAAAAGUAUUUAAGACAAAGCUCAGCAAAUGACUGGUUUGUUUAUCAUACUAUUUCUUUCGUGUCGUUUUCGUUAGCUGAAGUAUUUUAUGGUUUUAGCUGUACAUUCAUCCCAAAACACCUUCAGCAAGCGUAUACGAAACUUGAAGUAUUUAACAAAAAGAAAUCUUUAUUUAUUUUUUUAUUCUAGCUGUUUGCUUCAUGUCUUAAUAUUAUCACAUCACAUAACAUAAAGAAUGAUGAAUACAACCAUCUAAUACAUUAUAAUUCACUCAAAAC